GUGUUAACUACUUGCGAGUAGUUUAUUUAGUCUUGGAUAUUGUUGCAAUUUUCUAUCGAAAGUGCCGAACGUAAUGUCGGUAUUCUAUUCAGCUGUUGUGGGAGAGUCAUGGCGUCUUACAGUAAAUUGUCAGAUCUUUUCCCCAUUCAGAGCCAGCUAGACUAUGAUUUAGAGGACGCGACGACUCAAAAAGAGAAGGCAAAUCUCGUACAUCAGUAUUUACACAAAAUAGACGAAAAGGACGAUUUAAUUAUACCGGAUUUUGAAGAAGGACUGGAAUGGUUGAACACAGACGGGCCUCUGUCACUCAGGAAGGAACUGUCGGGCAAAGUGGUGGUGCUUGACUUCUUCACUUACUGCUGUAUAAACUGCAUGCACCUACUUCCUGAUCUACACCAGUUGGAGCAAAGUUACACCAUAGAAGAUGGUCUGGUAGUCAUAGGUGUGCACUCGGCUAAAUUCCCCAAUGAGAAAGUCCUACAGAACGUACGCAGUGCGGUGUUGAGAUACGACAUCACCCAUCCCGUAGUGAACGACAGCGAUGCCCGUCUGUGGCAGGAGCUGGAGGUGUCCUGCUGGCCCACGCUAGUGGUGCUGGGACCCAGGGGAAAUCUGCUUUUCUCCCUGGUGGGUGAAGGCCAUCGAGAACAGCUCUUCCUUUUCACUGCGGCCGCCCUCAAUCACUACAGAGAACAAGGGCUGCUCAAGGACCAUGAUGUGGGAAUCAAACUCUAUAGAGACUCCCUGCCCCCCUCCAUCCUCUCUUUCCCUGGGAAAAUAGCCAUGGACCCCAGCAGCAAGCAGUUGGCUAUUGCCGACACAGGACACCACAGGGUACUGGUGGUCUCCCAUACUGGGCAGCUGCUGCACUCAAUAGGGGGUCCCUCAAGUGGGAGACGAGAUGGAAAUUUGUCUGAGGCACAGUUCAACUCCCCACAAGGGGUGUUCAUAAAGGGAGACACGGUCUACGUGGCUGACACUGACAACCACCUUGUUAGAAAGAUCAACCUUUCAGAAGGAAUAGUCUCGACCUUAGCUGGUAUUGGUGUUCAAGGCACAGAUAAAGAAGGCGGAGCACCGGGACCACAACAGCCAAUAAGCUCUCCCUGGGACAUUGUCCUUGGCAACGCAGGUGGGGAUGUAUUGUGGAUAGCCAUGGCAGGAACGCAUCAGAUCUGGGCUCUCUUCCUGGAGGACGGGAAGCUUCCCAAAGGGAGUGACAGCAAAAAAGGAACAUGUGUGCGCUUUGCGGGCAGUGGGAAUGAGGAGAACAGAAAUAACGCAUACCCUCAUAAAGCGGGUCUGGCCCAGCCAUCAGGCCUGGCUCUUGCCCUGACUGAGCCCUGGGAGUGUCUCUUUAUCGCUGACAGCGAGAGCAGCACCAUUCGUAGCCUUUCACUGAAGGAUGGAGCAGUCAAACAUGUGGUGGGAGGAGAAAGAGAUCCUCUGAACCUUUUUGCAUUUGGAGACGUUGAUGGAAAAGGCAUAGAUGCAAAACUGCAGCAUCCAUUAGGAGUGUCCUGGGAUGAGGGCAGCAGCCUCCUCUAUGUAGCAGAUUCAUACAAUCACAAGAUCAAAGUGGUGGAUCCGAAGACUAAGCAGUGCAGGGUGCUUGCAGGCACAGGGAAGGCUGGGAACGGACUUGGCCCGAGCUUUCUGGAGUCCAGCUUAAAUGAACCCGGAGGCUUGUGUCUGGGUGAAGGAGGAAAGCUGCUGUAUGUGGCAGACACUAACAACCAUUGCAUCAAAGUCCUGGACCUGGAGACCAAAACAGUCUCUUUGUUUCCCAUUGUUGUUAUGCAAGAGGUCGAUUCUGUCCUCACAACUGCCACUAGCAGCACACCUGUGGUCAGAAAGCUUCCUAAACUUCCAAAAUCAGCCCCAGUUCUUACAAUGCCAUCGAUCACAGUUCCUUCAGGGCAGUCAGUCACUCUUCUUCUGAAAUUGGCACUACCGACUGGGACCAAGCUGACCGAAGAAGCGCCUAGUUUCUGGAGCUUAUCUGCAGAAGGUAAUGAGUGGUUACUGGAAGGGCGAGCUGUAACCGGGAGCAUCAGUGAUCUCUCUCAACCUAUCUCGAUCGUCUCAUCCAUCCCAGCAUCCCCUGCAUCCACAGACCCCACACUGACACUCGACGCCUGGGUUUACUGCUGCCUUUCUGAGGGCGGGGCUUGUAUGAUGAAGGCAGUGUCCUUCAAACAGCCUCUUCUGAUUGGUUCCACAUCUCUGGAAGGUUCUGUUGCUGUGACGCUUGAGCACGCCUUUUAAAAGAAGUGUCCACCCAAAGGAUCUUGGAGCACAUUUAAAGGGAUACUUUACCAAAGGUGAAAAUUCUGUCAUCGUUUACUCAACGUAAUGUCAUUCCAAAACUGUCUGAACUUCUUCAGUGGAACACAAAAGAUAAUGUUUUGUAGAAUCCAAAGGAUGAACGUUUUGGUUCAUAAUGACUUGCAUGUAAGGACAAAAAUGACAAAGGGAGUCAGUGGGAAUCCAAACUGUUUGGUUACCAAAUUUAUGAAGAUUAUUUUCCUUUAUGUUCCUCAGAAGAAAUAAAGGUUUGAGGCUGAGUAAAUGAUGACACAAUUUUAAUGUAAAUUUUUGGGUCAUCCAAAAAUGAAAAUUUGUGUUUUCUCACAUUUAUGUCGUUCCAAACCUGUAUGACUUUCUUCUGUGAAACACAAAAAAUAUGUAGAACGGUGAAUUUUUUUUUUUCAUACCUUAAAUCCAUAUAUAAUUGUGAUAUUUGAGGUUGUUUUGUAUAGAAGCCUGGUUUUCUGUCGUGAUAUAAAAGAUGAAGGUAAUUGCUACUCAGACUUAUUUAUUUACUUAAAAUUCUGAGAAAAAUAAUUCUGAAAACAUCGUAAUUGUGAGAUAUAAACUCAGAAUUCAUACUUUAUUCUUGUAAUUCUGUUUAUACCUCCUAAUUUUGAGUUUACAUCUUGCAAUUUAGUUUGUUUCACUUAAAACAUCUUAGACUUACACUUCAGUCUGGGACUAGGCUUAAGCCUUGUCUGUGAAACCGGGGGUAUAUAUCACAAAUUGCGGUUUUCUUGCAAAUCUGAGGGGGGGGGGAGAGAGAGACAGAAUUGUGAGAUAUGACCUUAGUUGCAACAGGAAGAAAGUCACAAUUACAUUUUUUUUUUUUUUUUUUUUGGACCACAUUGAUACUCAUUAUAUGGACAAAAAUAUAUUUUUCCUCCUUUUUGUGUUCCAAAGAAGAAAAAGAGAAUGACAUGGGGAUGAGAAAUAAUUUUUUAGGUGAAUUUCCUAUUAACAUUCAAAUCACAUCCCGCGGUUAACACAUACUGUAGUAAUCAGACACUUCACAUUCCAAGUGCUAAUUGUAGAGACAGGAUCUGACUGUUAAAUCCUGACAAAUACUGAACAAAGUGCCUUAUUCUCAAUAUUUCCUGUGGUUCAGCUACGGGUGAUUCACAUGAUUAAGCUUGUGUGAUGUCUUUGUCAAAUAGCCUGAUAUCAUUAUCAGCCAUCUUCAUUCAGUCACUCACAUGCUCUCACACAAUAAUAUUUGAAGUAAUGCUGUGUAGUGUAAAAAUGUAGCCAGUUUCAGCUGCUCUGACAGCCCUCCAUGGUUGGGUUGGCUGAUAAUAUUAUUAUUUCCCACACUUUCUUUCUUAACCAUUUACCGUAACCCAGUCUUUUAAAUGAGCAGUCAGACUCAAUGCUAUUUAAUUGGCGUUAUUUAUUAUUGCUUGCCAAGCUUAAGUGCCUUUUCAAUGAGCACUUUAAAUGAAUGGGCUAUGUGUUAGUAAUUUAGCGGUGACAUAAAUUUCAGUGUUCAAUCUUUUGGGAAUCAUGUGCUAUUUACAUCUACAUAUUCAUGUUUUCUGAAAUAAUAGCCUCUUGGUGCAGUUAAGCAUUAACAAUGGAACUACAAUGUAUUGCUGAUACAUCAUGUGCUUGCAGAGUAUGAGUGUGAAUCAGACCUGGUGAUUCUUCUAGACACUGUGUAGAAAUGGCCUCUAAAACUGUUCUGUUGCUGUUUUUGCUUGCUUUUCCUGAGGCAGGAACCCUAGCCCAUAAACUAUUUAAUAAAAACACAAUUUAUCUCUCUUUUGAA